AUGGCAAACACUGAGCAUGAAGGCCACCAAGAGUCGGAGGAGACCUUCGAUUCUGAUUACGACGAAGGCGAUGCCGUCCUAGCUCGGGGUGGCCACGCAAUUACCACAAUCUCGCGAAGCACGGGUUCCGUCCUGUAUGGACUUCCUGGGAAGGCUACCCUGGGGACGAGAUCCCGGAGGAUAUUCGAGAAUGGCUUGAUGAAAAUGCCCAGCGUACAGCUAAUCUCUCUACGACAAGGAUCUACCGAAAUUAUCGGCCCCCUACGUAGCCUGGCAUGGCUAGCGGGUCUGGACGAACUUGUCGAAGCCAUAGACCAUCCUGCGUACGUUAUUGAGGAUGACAUAGAAGUCAUUCCUCUCGGGGCAGGCCUGUUGUGGCCACUGGAUCGACGGGUAGAAGAAGGGACCGUACCACCCAUGAUAUGGACCAAGGCCUCAGGAAACAAUCCACCGGUCAUUUCCUCGCCCCUCGUAACGACAGUCCCAGGCACCGUACCAGCAGCUGUCAAAGACAGGCUCAAUACGCACAAGCUCCGCGACCUUUACCCUUCUUCUCGAAUCCAAUCACCAGACCAUGUCAAAUGCCUCAAGAUACCGUUCGACAAAAACAUCACUCGACUAGAAGCAAAUAUCGGGAAGCUCGUGGGAGCUCCGCUUGAAUCAGGAGACCUUUGGUUCCGGGGAUUAAGUUUCGGUGCCCUAGAGUCGAAUCUAGCCUUCUUCAUCCCGGAAAGGAGCAGUCACGGCUCUGACAAUGAAUUUGGUCCUGGAUUUUACACUGCGGACACCCUGUAUUUCGCAUUGGCAUAUAUUCGAAUUGGAGGCGCCAUUAUGGUCUUUAAAGACCCAGAUAUGCACAGUACCGAGGUUUGGGAGCCAGAUUUGCAAUCCUGGAAUGCUUGGGUGGCCAAAUGGAAGCAUCUCCCACUGGAGAUUGCGCAGCAGCCAAUCCCAGUGGAGUAUGGCAGCGCGGACUUCAUUAAGGGGGCAAUUUCUAGCUCGGCCCAGGCAGGCCGUCGGGUUCCUACCCCGUCAGAAGAUAUCCAGUUGGUCGCCUGCAGCUAUAAAGGCUGCAAGGCUUUGUCCGAAUCACUUGAGCUAAUAAUCUAUGUUGAGCGGGCCUAG